GGAGAUGUGGAGGCUACACAUGCAGUUUUCAGGAAACUAUGGCCUUUGUUCAAGGAGAGAUUCCCACAUCCUGUGACACUUGCAGGAAUGUUGGAGUUGAGCACUGCAUAUUUGCCAGUGAAUCAAAACUGGAACAGAUACAUAGAGGAAUGUGAUUUGACUUAUGAAGAGUUAGAAAUGGAAGGGAAGAUGUUGCUUGGUAAGAAAGCAGAUCAAGCUUGUCAGUUGAUAAAUAACGAGAGGUAUAAAGAUGAUAUUUGGAUGUGGGAUCAGGAUUGGUCCACAAAAGACUUGAAAAUUCUUAAAACUAAACAAAAAAAGUUGGAAAAUAAACCAAAAGUCACUAAAAUUAAUAUUCCUAAAGAAGAUCGUGAAGAAAAAGAUCCUUUAGUUGAAAAAUUUCGUUAUUUAGAAGAACAAAUACCGAAAACCACGCUUUUACCAGGUUAUCCCAACUGGUAUAGAAAACUAGCACUAAAACCAGGUUUAAACGAUGACUGGACGCCUGGCCCGCAUCUUAUAAGCACAUCCAUGCAGAUAACCCCAAAAUUAUUGAAUCUCACAUGGGAAGGAUACCCUUUACAUUAUAUCAGAGGCCUUGGAUGGGGUUUACUUGUCCCAUUCGCGAAUGACAAUGAAAAUUCACAGAAAACUGUACCGAUUAAAUCUCUACUCAUGAAAUGUCCUGUUCUCACUGCCAAAACUCACCAGGAUUAUAUCCCUGCUAAUAUUCGAAAAGAUGUAGAAGAUAAUCUAGCCCGGAAAGAAUUCUACAGUAAAUUAAAACAAGAUAAAUCCGAAGGUGCAUACAAAGGCUCAGGAAUAUGGUGUGAUACAAUUCUAGACGAUUGUAUUUUCUUCUUUAAACUGCCACAUAAAAAUGGCGCUGCUAACAGGGUAGGCAACCCACUCGCCAAAGAUUUCCUGAAUAAAUUCUCAGAGAAUGUCCUGGCUGGUGAUUCGGAAAUCGCUGAAAGAGUCUUGGAUAUCGCACGGAAACUAAGUUAUUGGAGGAAUAAUCGUGAUAGAAUCAAAGAACAGUUGAUUAUUUGGUUGGAUGGUACUCACGGUGCGAUUUUACCGCAGAUUGUUGUCUGUGGAACACUUACAAGACGCGCAGUUGAAGCAACAUGGAUGACAGCAUCCACUCCGAAGUUGGAUAGAAUCGGGUCUGAGUUGAGAGCGAUGGUACAAGCUCCAGAGGGUUAUAAAUUCAUCGGCGCUGAUGUAGAUUCACAAGAGUUGUGGAUUGCGAGUAUGAUUGGUGAUGCGCAGCAUGCGAAAAUGCACGGGGCGACGCCAUUCGGAUGGAUGACGUUAAGCGGAACUAAAUCCGAAGGUACCGACAUGCAUAGCGUCACUGCCAAAGCUGUUGGUAUAUCAAGAGAUCACGCAAAAGUUAUAAACUACGCGAGAAUAUACGGCGCAGGACAAAAUUUCGCUGAACAACUGUUAAAACAAUUCAACCCGUCGAUAAGCGAAGAAGCGAGGAGUAAAGCUGUCAAAAUGUUUGACCUAACCAAAGGCAAACGUCUAUUUCAAUUAAAACCGGAGUUUUUAUUUGAUUUAGCCGAUGUGCCUUAUACCAAAUGGCAAGCGCAUCAAACUGCUAAACUUCACGGAAAGACUCUGAAUGAGAUGUUUUACAAACCAAGAUGGGUGGCGGGCACAGAAAGCGCCAUGUUUAACAGUUUGGAAGAUAUUGCGAGUCAGGAUAGUCCCACGACGCCAUUUUUAAACGCAAGGUUAAGCAGAGCGCUUGAACCACUUUAUAAUCCCGAUGACAAGUUUUUGCCUACCCGGGUGAAUUGGGUGGUGCAGAGUGGCGCUGUUGACUUCCUACACUUGAUGCUAGUGUGUAUGCGGUGGUUGAUGGGUGAUAAAGCUCGUUUCUCACUGAGUUUUCAUGAUGAAGUGCGCUAUUUAGUCAAAGAUGGCGACAGAUACGACGCAGCAUUGGCUAUGCAUGUCACUAAUUUAUUAGUCCGGGCGUUUUGUUCGAUUAAAUUAGGUAUAAACGACCUGCCGUAUUCCGUCGCGUUUUUUUCAUCGGUAGAAAUUGAUACUGUGUUGCGAAAAGAGUCCAAACAGGAUUGUAAGACGCCUAGUAAUCCGUAUGGCCUUGAAAAAGGUUAUGCGAUACCAAACGGUGAAAGUUUGAAUAUUUACGAUGCGAUACAACGAAGUAAAAUUUAUAAACAUGUCGAAAACUUCCAAGAGAAAACACGUUCUGCGCGAAACAAACAAAGUUAACGAUUAUUUCGCGCCGCCAAGUGAAGGACAGACCAUUGUACGCAUCCUCGCCUCAAAAGGCAAUAAUCUACACGAAGUUGAAGACGCUGACAAACAGAUUUACCUGGUUUCGAUGCCGACGAAGUUCCGAAAGAACAUCUGGGUGAAACGCGGUGAUUAUGUGAUUGUCGAACCGAUUAAAGAAGGCGAUAAAGUCAAGG